GAGCUUACACAAAAUUUCCCUAAUUGCCCUUCCCUCUCUACAGGCAUCGACCGACUCCCGUGCUGUUUUUCUUACUGAUAGCAAGAGCAGCCGUUCAACGCGCAGCUUUUGCUCUGUGCUCACCAUAGCAACCGAUCCUGAAGGUGAAAAAAUUGUGUGUUCGAGAGCUUGAUCGUGAGAACGCCUGCGAGCACCAACGAGAGAGAUGAAGGAGAGAGGCAAAGCGGGGCAGCGUUCCGUGGACGAAAGGUAUACCCAGUGGAAAUCCCUCGUGCCAGUGCUCUACGACUGGCUUGCCAAUCACAAUCUCGUAUGGCCUUCGCUCUCCUGCCGUUGGGGCCCUCAAGUGGAGCAUGCAACUUACAAGAAUCGUCAGCGCCUUUACCUAUCUGAACAGACUGAUGGCAGCGUUCCAAAUACUCUUGUGAUUGCCAAUUGUGAUGUUGUAAAACCAAGAGUUGCAGCUGCAGAACAUAUUUCACAGUUCAAUGAAGAAGCACGCUCACCAUUUGUGAAAAAGUUUAAAACUAUCAUACAUCCUGGGGAGGUCAACCGAAUCAGGGAGCUGCCUCAAAAUAGUAAGAUAGUGGGGACUCAUACUGACAGUCCCGAUGUGCUUAUUUGGGAUGUUGAAUCUCAGCCUAAUCGUCAUGCCGUGCUUGGUGCUGCGCCGUCACGCCCCGAUUUGGUGCUCACAGGGCAUCAAGAAAAUGCAGAGUUUGCUCUUUCUAUGUGCCCCAUUGAGCCUCUGGUCCUUUCUGGAGGCAAGGACAUGUCAGUUGUAUUAUGGAGUAUACAAGAUCAUAUAUCUACUCUAGGAGUGGCUUCGGAUGUUAAAUCUCUUGAGGCAUCUUCUGGGAGUUCUGGCGGUAAGCAGGCUGCAAAAGCUGGUAACAACAAGGCAUCAGACAGUCCCACCCUUGCACCACGAGGGGUGUACCAAGGACAUGAAGAUACAGUUGAAGAUGUGCAGUUCUGUCCUUCUAGUGCUGAGGAAUUUUGUAGCGUUGGUGAUGACUCUUGUCUCAUAUUGUGGGAUGCUCGUAGUGGUACAAGUCCCGUUGUUAAGGUUGAGAAAGCUCAUAAUGAGGAUCUUCACUGUGUGGAUUGGAAUCCCCAUGAUGUCAAUUAUAUUUUGACUGGGUCUGCGGAUAAUUCUGUUCGGAUGUUUGAUCGGAGGAAUCUUUCUUCAGGGGGCGUUGGCUCUCCUGUUCAUAAAUUUGAAGGCCACUCAGCUGCUGUUCUUUGUGUACAGUGGUCUCCAGACAAAGCAUCUGUUUUUGGGAGUGCUGCAGAGGAUGGCUUCUUAAAUGUUUGGGAUUAUGAGAAGGUUGGUAAAAAGAGAGAGAGGACUGGUACAAGGACGACAAAUUCUCCACCUGGCUUGUUCUUUCAACAUGCAGGACAUAGGGAUAAAGUUGUUGAUUUUCAUUGGAAUGCAUCUGAUCCAUGGACCAUUGUUAGUGUAUCUGAUGACUGUCAGAGCACUGGUGGCGGUGGAACACUGCAGAUAUGGCGCAUGAGCGACUUGAUUUAUCGGCCGGAAGAAGAAGUUCUGGAGGAGUUGGAGAAGUUCAAGUCUCAUAUCCUCACCUGCGCCCCCAAGACCUGAUUUAUGGCUUUCUGUUUCUCUUAUCCUUUGCUCUCCAUUAUAGGACUUGUUUUAAUUACAGUCAUGCAUUUGGUAAGUUCUAAACCCUUCAGAUGACUCGUACUGGCGACUAAGACUACUAAUUUUUAUCUUUCAGUUUUGGGUGACCGACUCAAAGAAUGAUGGGAAUUGUGUGUUUUAGCUGAAAAUUUGAAGGGCAAACCUUGAUGUGGUUUUCAUAUUUUAUGUAUGACAUGCUUAGAACAUUUGCAUGCUAAAGAUAUGGAGAGGUUUCCUUUAAACUUCAUUUCAAUGAAUGCCAUGGAAGGUUUUACAUUAAUGUAGAACAUAGA